GCAAGCGCUCAAGCUAUGCAUCGGAAGUACAGCCCCAACCGGUUGUUGCCGGUUCGUUUUCCGACUAUUCUUCCGGCGUCCACGAGGUCUUCUUUCCUUCGAACCAUGCUCAUCUGUGCACUACUCCUUGCCCUCCUCGCUGCGCUCAGUACUGCCAACUCCCAAUGUGAAUCUGCACGGUACAGGUCUCUUCCCCGUGUCUUUGUCCUCACCGAUAUCAGCAAUGAACCAGAUGAUCAAAUGAGUCUCGUCCGUUUCCUCACUCAUGCCAAUGAGCUUGAUAUCCAAGGCAUUGCAGCAGUUACCUCCACUUGGCUCAAUCACACCACAGACCUCCCUACCAUCCACAAGGUCAUCUCUGCCUAUGGGUCCGUCGUCGACAAUCUCGACGCUAAUGUCCCUGCCGACCACCCUUUUCCUUCUGCCGAUUCUCUUCUCGCAAAAACCUUCACUGGACAACCGGUCUACGGCUUAGACGCUCUCAACGCGCAGUCCCCAAGUAACGCCUCUCUUGCCCUCAUCAAAGCCACCGACGCCUCUACCAGGCCCCUCUGGGUUCUUGCAUGGGGGGGUGCCAAUGUCCUUGCCGAAUCCCUCAACAUCGUCAAGCAAGAGCGUGAUCCCGAUGCUCUUGCAGACUUUGUCCAAAAACUGCGUGUGUAUACCAUCUCAGACCAAGAUGACACCGGCCCAUGGAUCCGAUGGAACUUUCCCACUCUCUUCUACAUCGUUUCCAUUCACGGCUUCAGCGAGUACUCGAUUCCCACUUGGAUAGGUAUCUCCGGAGAACUACUUCGCCCUUUUGACAAAGGUGGCCCGGACACCUCCCUUAUCACCAACGAAUGGCUACAAGACCACAUCCGUAUCGGCGCACUGGGAUCAGAAUACCUAAACUGGACCUUCCAAAUGGAAGGUGACACACCCUCCUUCCUAUCCAUUCUCCCCAAUGGCCUUAAUGCUCCUGGUCAUCCUGAAUGGGGUAGCUGGGGCGGGCGCUACAUCCUUGCAGACAGUUCCGGAAGAACCUCGACGUACAGCGAUGCGUCCGACUUUGUCAUCGGUUUGAACGGAGACACUUUUUUCAGCCGCUAUGCGUCUAUAUGGCGAUGGCGGAGAGCGUUCCAAUUCGACUUUGCCGGUCGGAUGCAGUGGACUGUAAACGGGGACUUUUCGCAGGUUAAUCAUCAUCCGAUUGUGAUUGUGAACGAGACGUGUAGUUUUGAUGCGAUGGAGAUAUCGUAUAAGCCUGGGGAGUCGGUUGUUUUGGACGCAUCCGCUUCGUAUGAUCCAGAUGGUGAUCGAUUGUCCUUUGAUUGGUUCCACUACAGGGAGGUCGUGCAGCGAUUGGAGGGGGACAUUCCACGCGUCUCGCCCGAUGCCACGUUUACUGAAUUGAAUGAUGCUGGAAGUAUCGUGAAGGUUACGCCCAACAACAAGAUCAGCAUGCACAUCAUUCUAACUGUCGAGGACGUUCGAACUCCUGUGAAUCUUACAACCUAUAAACGCGUUAUUUUGAACCCUAACGAGUAGACUUUUUUUUAAAAACCCCGGCCCGACUUCGCCGAUCGCAUAAAUAACCGUUGCGGAUACUAAAUUCCAUCUCUUGCCAACUUCCGCAAUAGCAACUGUGAGCAUCCGGUGGGAAACUUCAGAUGACCCCUGGAUAAGCCAACUGCGAGGAGUCGGAGGAUUUGACAUACCUUUUCACGUUUCCGGCUUCCGAAGCUGAGGUCAAUCACUGGUUCCUUGAAGCUUACUGUAACUCACCCAGAAACUCCGGAAACCCCGCUUUCUCAAGGUGGGAAAGGGGACUUUUCACAUCUCACGCAAAAAUGGGUCUGCUCCGUUUACAUAAAACGACUCCCACAUCUCUUAUCGAUAUCUUUCUUCGUUUGUUCUUCGU